AUGCUGCAGGUUGAAAACGUGAAGUUACUGGAUCGCUAUGCAAAUAGGAAGGCAGCAAACGGGACGUUGUACCUGACAGCUACCCACCUGAUCUACGUGGAGGCUUCUGCUGAAGUCAGGAAAGAAACAUGGAUUCUGCAUCACCAUAUCGCAGCCAUAGAGAAGUUACCUGUGACCACGGCUGGGUACCACCUCCUCAUUCACUGCAAGAACUUCCACGUGGCUCACUUUGUUUUUGGGCAGGAACGUGACUGCCACGAGGUCUACACCUCCUUGCUGAAACUCUCGCAACCAGUGAAACCUGAAGAACUUUAUGCUUUCUCUUAUAAUCCUAAAAUGUCUAAAGAGAACCGGGAGGCUGGAUGGAAGCUGAUCGGUUUAACAUUAGACUACCAGCGUAUGGGAAUUCCAAACGACUACUGGGAAAUAACAGAUGUUAAUAAAGACUAUGAGGUUUGCAGCACGUAUCCUCCAGAAAUAGUGGUGCCUAGAGCUGCUAGUAAGGCGGUGGUGAUCGGAAGUUCAAGGUUCAGAAGCAGAGGGCGGAUUCCGGUGCUUUCGUACUUAUAUAAAGAAAACAACGCUGCCAUAUGCCGCUGUAGCCAGCCUCUGUCCGGGUUCAGCGCGCGCUGUCUGGAGGAUGAACAGAUGCUGCAGGCCAUCCGAGAAGCCAACCCUGGAAGCCCCUUCAUGUAUGUUGUAGACACGAGGCCAAAGUUAAAUGCCAUGGCCAACCGAGCUGCUGGGAAAGGUUAUGAGAAUGAAGAUAAUUACGAUAACAUUCGCUUUAAAUUUAUUGGCAUAGAAAACAUCCACGUGAUGCGGAACAGCUUGCAGAAGCUCCUGGAAGUGUGUGAAAUGAAGUCCCCGUCAAUGAGCGAUUUCCUCACUGGGCUGGAGAACUCAGGUUGGUUACGGCACAUUAAGGCUGUGAUGGAUGCAGGUGUCUUUCUUGCCAAGGCUGUGAAAGAUGAAAAAGCCAGCGUGUUAGUCCACUGCUCCGAUGGGUGGGAUCGCACGGCGCAGGUCUGCUCCCUGGCUAGUCUCCUCUUAGAUCCCUUUUAUAGGACUUUUAAAGGCUUCAUGGUUCUAAUAGAAAAGGAGUGGAUUGCAAUGGGGCACAAGUUCUCCCACAGGUGUGGUCAUUUGGAUGGUGACCCCAAAGAAGUGUCCCCUGUCUUCACUCAGUUCAUCGAAUGUGUCUGGCAGCUCAUGCAGCAGUUCCCCUGCGCCUUCGAGUUCAACGAGCGUUUCCUUCUCGAAAUUCACGACCACGUCUACUCCUGCCAGUUUGGCAACUUCCUCGGGACCUGCCAUAAGGAGCGCGAGGAUCUGAAAAUCUUUGAGAAGACCCAUUCUCUGUGGCCUUUCCUCUUACAGAAGAGGCAGGAAUUCCGAAAUCCUUUGUACAGAGGAUUUACAGCUUACCAAGAGCUUCUACCAAACACACUACCUUUCAGUUUCCAGUUUUGGUGUGGGAUGUACAAUCGCUUUGACAAAGGGAUGCACCCCAAGCAGCGUGUGUUGGAUCAUCUGCUCGGCUGCAUGAGCAAAAAGGUGCAACUGGAGGACAACGCGUCUGAGCUGGAAAAUAAACUUCCUUUCCUCGAUGGCCCUUCGCCCAGCGAAGCUUGCUCCUUACCUAGAGCAAGCCGUGCUCCUUCAAAAACGCCGAUGCUCAACACUCCUCAGGAUUACGGAGGGGACCCUCCUCUCACGCUGAGCAACGGCGGCUCUGCCGGGGAGCUUGAUCUGCCAGUUGCAACCCAAAAGCACGAAGAGAACCCGCCUCACCCCUGCAACCUUCCCGACGCCGUUGACAAUUUAGACUCUGAAGUGCAGGAUGGAAAGCCGCGGCGCCGUUGA